AUGAUCGCGGAUCAGCAAGUCAAGGCAGAACCUCAAGCAAUGCAACCAAAAGAGGAAGAGGACGAAGAAGAGCCAAUGGAGUCGGGGGAAUGGCUGGACGAAAUAAAAUCUCUCCUCGACUCUACCUACUCCAAGGGUGAAGUCUCCACUGGCCGUGAAAUCCAAAUGCCUGGACUUUAUCCCAAGAUUGUCGUAGAUGACGCAUGCCAGAAGCAAGGAUACAGUCGAUUGGCCUUUCCAUUAUUAAAAUCUCAGGCAUGUGCCUUGAUUGAAUCCACUGCCACGGAAAAAGCACCGUUUGGCAAGGGUCGAGACACCGUCUUGGAUGAAAAUGUCCGAAAGCUUGGCAAGUGGAUGCCAGCCGAGUCCACUUUCUAG